GGGCCAGGGUAGGGACCCCUUGUUUUCAUCACGUUUUCUCUUAGCAAAAGGAAGAAACUAUUUCACUAUAUGUUUUGACGCAAUUGAGCUGUGCAUUGUGUGUGGUGGGCUAUGCUCUCACCUCCUUUUUCCCAGUGGACAUCCCCCUCUACCCGAAACAUGUCUCCUAAGAUGAAAGAGAGAGAAAGAUCCCCCUCCUAUAUAUUAUUAAUGCAAUGCAAUGCACUCAUUGUUUGUGGUGGUAGCCGUACUAGACAAGUGAGUCCUACUGCUUUGCAGCUGAGAGGGAGAGAGAUGUCAAAUGGUUGGAGAGUGAUGGAGAAUCACAAACCAUGGCUAGCAAUGGUGUCCAUCCAAUUUGUGUUUGCAGGCAUGACCUUCAUAUCGAAGGCGGCACUCGACAAUGGGAUGAACCCAUUUGUUUUUGUAGUGUACAGACAAGGCAUAGCUGCGGUAGUCUUGGUACUUCCCGCCUGUUAUUUCGAAAGGACUGAGGCUCCACCUUUAUCAUUCAAAGUCUUUUGCAAGAUUUUCCUUCUAUCUCUAUUUGGGAUCACUUUGAGUCAAGAUCUGUUCUACGCAGCACUUCCUUACACUUCCGCUACAUUUGUAACCACAACAACGAACAUAAUUCCUGUGAUUACCCUUUUCACAGCCAUUUUGAUGAGGAUAGAAAGCGUAAAUAUAAGGGGUAUGUACGGUCAAGCAAAGGUUACAGGGGCUCUGAUAUCUAUAAUGGGUGCCAUUGUGCUUUGUUUGUACAAGGGCCCUCCUUUGAAGCUUUUUGGUUGGGAUGGGCAUGUUGGUCACAAAGAGAGUGGUGGAUACAGUGCUAGUCUUCAUGUGGCUUCAGAGAAGGGAUGGACCAAAGCCUCUUUUCUCAUGCUCAUUGCAUAUACAACUUGGGCUGUAUGGCUCGUUAUGCAGGCUAAAUUUCUUAAGGAGUACCCUGCGAGGCUGCAUCUGACGGCUUUGCAAUCCCUCAUCAGCAGUGUUCAGGCAGUCGUGGUGGCCCUGGCCUUUGACAGGAAUCCAUGUUCAUGGAAAUUAGAUUGGAAUCUUGGGCUCCUUUCCAUCAUAUACUGUGGAGUUUUUGUAUCAGGUCUAUCUUACUGGGUACAGCUGUGGUGCACGGAGAAGAAGGGCCCUGUGUACAUCGCCUUCUUUUCGCCGUUGGCAAUUCUUAUAACUGCCAUCAUCUCCCCCUUCAUAUGUCCGGAUCUCAUCCAUUGGGGAAGCGUUCUAGGAGGUCUUCUAAUGGUAGGUGGGUUAUACUUGAUGCUCUGGGCAAAGAAGAAGGAGGAGAGGAGAGUAGAGUGUGAAAAUAAGAAACACAGGUUAGAUGAGGAAGCAAAAAAGGAGGAGUGGGGGGUUGACUGCGAUAAUGGAAAGCAUGGGUUGGAUGACAAAAUGGGGUCCAACAUAGAACUUGUUUAAGAUAUGCAUUCUUUCUUUUUUGUGAAUUUGAGUGGUGACAUAAUCAGUUUUAGUGUUGACGAUGUACUAUUGAAAUGAAAAUAUUUGGCAUGUUCAA